GAGAACGACAAUGCGCCCACACUGCUGGGGCCCCAGGCAGGUGGUGCCUUGAGCCAGAUGGUGCCUAGAUCAGUAAAUGUGGGCCAUGUGGUGGCAAAGGUGCGCUCGGUGGACGCGGACUCUGGCUUCAACGCGUGGUUAUCAUAUGAGCUGCAAUCGUGGGCAGGCAGCUCGCGUAGUCCGUUCCGCGUGAGUCUGUACACGGGCGAAAUCAGCACGACGCGUACCCUGGAUGAGACUGAUGCACCGCGACAGACUCUGUUGGUACUGGUGAAGGACCACGGCGAGCCAGCGCUGACCACUACAGCAACGGUAUUAGUGUCUCUAGUAGAUGGCGGCCAAGUGCCAAAGGCUUCUUCACAGGCAUCAGGACGCGCUUCAGUCCAAGAGGCAUCGCUGGUGGAUGUCAACGUGUACCUGAUCAUGGCCAUCUGCGUGGUGUCCAGCCUGUUGGUGCUCACGCUGCUGCUGUACACCGCGCUUCGCUGCUCAGCGUUGCCCACCGAGGGAGCCUGCGGGUCUGGGAAGCCCACGCUGGUGUGCUCCAGUGCGGUGGGGAGCUGGUCCUAUUCUCAGCAGAGGAGACAGAGGGUGUGCUCUGGGGAGGGCCCCAAGACAGAUCUCAUGGCCUUCAGCCCCAGCCUACCUCCCAAUCUGGAGAGAGAUGAAAGGGAAAGGCAGGAGUCAGAAUCAAAUCACCCUGGACAG